CUCUUCAGUACUUCAGCUAAAACCCAAAACCCUAAUCAUCUCCUCCGAUCACCUCCUCCUGCGGUGCGCUCGCCGCCGGCGCAAACGAAAACCGCGCGAAAGAUUGGAUUCGCCUCGUUGAAGGUGAAGUCAAGCGCUCUUCCGGUGGUGGGUCGGUUGCUAAUUGGGUUGCUGUUUACCUGCGCGCGCAAAGCGGUAAGAAGUGCGAAGCAGGAAUGAUGGAGGAGAAGCAAGAAGCCGGCGCUCCGGACAAGAUCAAGCCUCCUACUGAACCGGAGGAGUCUGGCGAAUUGGAAACGCGGAUUAAGAAAUAUCUGAGAGGUGAUGGUGCUAAUUUAGAGGCUUUGCGAGACAAAAAAUUGAGGGGCCAGCUUACCGUUAGAGAAAAGUUAUAUGGGAAAUCUGCAGAAGCAGCUGCCAAGGCAGAGAAGUGGCUUAUGCCUAGUGAGGGAGGCUAUCUGGAGGCUGAAGGUAUAGAAAAAACAUCAAGAAUCAGGCAAGAAUCAAUUGCUCGUGAAGUUGAUAUAUCUAGCUCAAGAAAUCAGUAUGACAUCGUCUUACCAGAUCUUGGUCCUUACACUUUGGAUUUCACCUCAAGUGGUCGGUAUAUGGCAGCAGCUGGACGCAAGGGCCACUUAGCUAUUGUAGACAUGAAGAACUUGAGCCUGAUUAAAGAAAUUCAGGUUAGAGAAACUGUACGUGAUGUUGUCUUCUUGCAUAACGAGUUGUUCUUUGCUGCAGCGCAGAAGAAGUACCCUUAUAUCUACAACAGGGAAGGUAUCGAAUUGCACUGUUUAAAGGAACAUGGAGCAGUGCUUAAGCUUCAAUUUCUGAAAAACCAUUUCCUCUUGGCAUCCAUAAAUAAAUCCAGCCAGCUUCAUUAUCAGGAUGUUACGACGGGGUUGAUGGUUGGCAACUUCCGGACUGGUUUAGGUCGUACAGAUGUAAUGCAGGUGAAUUCCUUCAAUGGGGUUGUUGCUUUAGGCCAUUCAGGUGGGACGGUAACUAUGUGGAAGCCCACCACUUCAGCUCCUCUUGUCAAGAUGCUGUGUCAUCGCGGCCCCAUAUCAGCAUUGGCAUUCCAUCCUAACGGCCAUAUCAUGGCAACUUCUGGCAAGGAAAGGAAAAUAAAAAUAUGGGAUUUGAGGAAGUUCGAGGUUCUUCAAACUUUGCCUGGCCAUGCGAAUACCCUGGAUUUUAGUCAGAAGGGUCUGCUUGCUGCUGCAACUGGAUCAUUUGUGCAGAUCUCAGGAAAUUUCUCAGAAUCUCAGAGCUACAGCAGAUACAUGACUCAUUCCAUGGCGAAAGGGUACCAGAUAAAUAAACUCUUGUUCCGUCCAUAUGAAGAUGUCUUGGGCAUAGCUCACUCCAUGGGAUGGUCUUCUAUUCUAAUUCCGGGAUCAGGAGAACCUAACUUUGAUUCUUGGGUUGCAAAUCCAUUUGAAACAUCUAAGCAGAGACGAGAAAAGGAAGUGCGCUCUCUUCUUGACAAACUUCCUCCGGAGACCAUCAUGUUGGAUCCAUCAAAGAUUGGCACGGUGAAGCCACCAAGUAGAAAACAGAAGCCUACGAAGCAGGAGAGAGAAUCGGAGAUGGAAGCCGCCGUUGCAGCUGUCAAGGACAUGCCGAUGAAGAAGAAAACAAAGGGGAGGAGCAAACCGAGUAAGAGUGCGAAGAAGAAGCAAGAAAUUAUUGCGAAAACCAAGAGGCCUUUCUUGGAACAACAGACGAAAGAAGAGGAAGCAUUAUCUAGAAAGAAGCAAAAGAUGAGUGAGGAAGCUGAACUGCCAAAGUCGUUGCAGAGAUUUGCUCGGAAAAAAGCAACAUGAUCCACUCCUCCUCCAAUUUUAAGGGUAAAUGUUCAGUGAUGGUGUAGCUCAAAAUUUUGUUUUCUUUACCAUUGCAAUGGUGUCUGGAACAAUAGUCCAGUUCUUUCUUUGUUUUUCAUAGUCUUCCCUGUUAAGGCCUGGCUGUGCCACAAGGCUCAUUGACUCGAUCAAUUUUGUUGUAGAGUAUAAUUAUUUGCUGUGUCCAGCUGCAAUAGGUAAUGAUUUCAGCAAAAUUCCUUGCUAUUGACAACUUCAAAUGGGUGAAAACGUUGGUGUAUGCAUCGUCGGCAAGUGUCUUGCUCGCACUUGUAUCGAA